UGAAAUAAUAACAUUAACCAUGGAAAUAAGUAUAACAUGGAAUAUAUGCCGUGUGUGUCUACAGGAAGAACAAAAAAAUAACAAAGGAUCUAAUAGCGACAGUAGUACAGAACAAAUGAGAAAUCUAUUUAAUGAAAACAAAAAGUUGAUACAGCAUAUUUAUGAAUUUACCGGUAUCAAUAUGCAACCGAACGAUUCCUUACCCGACAAAAUUUGUUUAAACUGUUUAAAAAUUAUAAAUAAUGCCGUGCACUUUCGUAAAACGUGCCGUGCUUCAAAUGUUUAUUUACAAUCCAUGUUGGAACGCACCAAAUCGGCAAGCACAUUGUUUAAACCAGACAUACCAAGUUGUGUUGUAAGUGAUGAUGAGAAUGAUGUAGAAAAUAUGGAAACUGACGCUACAAGUGAAGUAGAGAAUGAUAUUGAACUUUCCAAAGUAGAAAAACGAUCAAAAUUAGAGCUUUUUGAUUCACCUGAUAAUGCACCAGCUAUUGAACAGAAAGUGAAUCAAACUGUACAAAAUAUAGAUUUAGAACAAGAUGUUGAAGAGCAGGAAGUUAGUGAUAAUGCUAUUGAUAAUACCGUGGAACUGGAAGAAAUUAUUGAACAUUCAGACGAAAUGGAAGAACAAAUAUUUACGCAAACAAUUGAUGAUAGUAGUAGCGACAAAAUUAUACCAAAUGUUAAGAUUUUAAAAGAAAAUCAUGAACAAGACCCCAAUGUUGAUGAAGAAAAUGAAAAAACCAAACCCUCUCAAUUACAAAAAUUCUAUAUGAAUGCUAGUUUUACAAAAGUGAGAAAUACUGAAGAGGACCUUGAUGAUCAUAAUGAUAAUGAGCAUGAUUUGGCUGAAAACGUAGAAUCAGACAUGCAUAAUUUGAAAACAGACAGUGAAGAGGAGUUAUACUUUCUGCUUAAAGAUAUAAAAAAUGAAAAUCCAAACUCAAGUGAUAGUCAUGAAAACCUAGAAGAGACUGGGGAACAACACACAGUGACAGAUGAAAAUAUUGAAUACUAUGCUAUUGAAGAACAUGAAGAGAUAGAGGAGGAGGAUAUUGAUGAGGAAUUAAUGCUACAUUUGGAAGAACAAAUCGAUGACAAUAAUGCUCAAGUGAGUUCAACUGUUGAUACAAACGAUGAAAUUGAAUAUCACGAACAAAAUUCCAAUACAUCAACUUUAAUAAGUGACUUUGAUGAAGAAUAUAUAGUGGAUGAUAAUGUUGGUGCUCACAAUGAGUCGCCGUCUUCACAAGAAACUAUUGAAACAAAAAGUCAUAGAAAUAAAACCUUAACAAAAUCUCUAAAUGCUUCAAUAGCUACUGAAAGAAGAACCAGUCCAAUCAUUCUUCCAAUACGUAAAGCUAAACGAGUUCAAACAAAAUCUUCCGCUACCAGAUCUUUGCCUGGAUCUCAACUUCAAGUAUGUGUUUGUGAAAUAUGUGGCAAUCAAUUUACCAAUCGCAAUCUUAUGAGCAUUCAUAUGAAAGUUCACUAUCAGGAAAAGAAUCAUCAAUGCGAAUUGUGUUUUAAACGUUUCAUAACCGCCUGUAAUCUACAAGCUCAUAUGCGCAUACAUACAGGGGAAAAGCCAUUUGAAUGUAGAUACUGUGGCAGACGUUUCAACGAUCGCAGCUCAAGUCUAAGACAUGAAAGGACUCAUACCAAUGAAAAGCCUUUCAAAUGUGAUAAUUGUGGUAAAACUUUUACUUUGGCUACAACAUUACAAAAUCACAUGAAGGUUCAUACCAAUGAAAGAUCGUAUAGAUGUGAACCUUGUGGAAAAUCUUUUAAAUUAUCACAUCAUUUAAAGACCCAUCUAAAUACUUCCCUACACCGAUCUGUGUUGCAAAUAGGCGCUCCAGAAAAUUAAGUUUAUUUUCAAAUAUUUUUUUCUUAUGUAUUUUAAGUUUUGUUUAAUAAAAUACGAUGUAAACAGU